CUUUCCCAUAGGCCAGCAUAGGCCUGAGGUGGGGCAUCUUUCCUGCAGCCUGUAGACUACCUGUACAUGGAAAGCCAUGAGCUCUGAUUGCCUGCUGGUUGUAGAGGGAGAUUUUUGGAGUCCUUGUUGGAGGGGCUUGUUGGAAUAAGCCCCAUUAGUUCUUAGUAACCUCCUGGAAGAAUUCUUUAAAUCACCUCUUGGCCCAAGGAAUGCCCCAAUAUUUAGAAAUGUAAUAACCGUCACGUUGCUUGUGCCAAAUGACAGCAAGGUAGAGUGUUGAGACUCCCAGGUGAUUUCUUUUAACAUCUACCAUCAAAUCCAGUUGCUGUGGUAAGAGAAGAAUCCAGGGAGAGAGCUCAGAGCAGAUUAUGGUAUGAACAUAUACCUGUCCUCUCCUGCAGAAAAGAAAACUGCUAAUCUGGUCAGAACUGUUAGAGGCAGGAAAGGCUGCAUGUAGCAGAAUUUUUUCAUCCUGCCCAUCUUUUGCCUUAGUUUGAAACGAAGGUUUAUCGUGUGAUCAAAGAGAGAAAGAAGGAAGGUUGGGGACUGGUGGCUAGUAAUACAAGAGGAUUGACUCUCUGUCUUCCUUGGCUGGUGGUAAGCAGAUCCUUAGGUCUGAGAAACUAGCAAAGUGAAGUAGCACCUAGGGCAACUUCCCUCGGCACUGAUACAGCCACUUGGUAUUUGGUGUGAAAAUACAAUGCUGACUUUGAUUCCUUGCCCUUUGCAGGAGGAAACUCAGGAGGAGCAGGAGCAAGUGGCAUCAUUUUGUAAAUGUUUUAUUCUUGACAUGUAAUAGACUCCUGUCUAGAGAAUUGUCUCAGCCUUUCCAUUCUGCCAGCUGUAUUUCAGGAGCCCCCUCAGUAUUCUGCACUGGCCAGUUUUAAAGGUGUCAUUUCCACCUGAGAAAAGAUUUUACCUGCAAUGCUUGGUGUGAAGGAAUUGCUUUGGAAGAUGAAGAACCACUGAGAGUUAAGAAGAAAGAGCUUCCAUAAUCAUAGCAGAUGAAGAAUCCCUGGUAAAGUGAUCAGGAAUUUUGGCCUGCCCUCCAAAGAAAAGGGGCGGAAAAAAUGUCGGAGCGGGCCGUGGAUGACGUCAGGGGGGAGCCGCGCCGCGCGGCGGGCGGAGCAGCCCGGCAGCCCCCGCAGCCCCCGCGGCAGCGCCCACGGCCGGAGGACGGCGGCCCGGGCAGCGCCGCCAUGGCGAUGGCCGGGGAGCGAAGGCCGCUGCCCAGCCCCGAGGCGAUGCUGGGACAGCCGUGGAGUCUGUGGGUCGAGGCUUCCAAACUUCCCGGGAAGGAUGGGACGGAAUUGGACGAAAGUUUGAAGGAGUUUGGGAAAAACCGCGAAGUCAUGGGGCUCUGUCGGGAAGACAUGCCAAUAUUUGGUCUCUGUCCAGCGCAUGAUGAUUUCUACUUGGUGGUGUGUAACGACUGUAAUCAGGUUGUCAAACCGCAGGCAUUUCAAUCACAUUAUGAAAGAAGACAUGGCUCAUCCAAGCCUUCUUUGGCCGUUCCGCCCACCUCAGUAUUCCCCUUCUUCCCUUCUCUGUCCAAGAGCAGAGGAGCCAGUACGAGUGGAAGCAGCCGCCCUUCCGGCGGAGGGCUUCUGAGCGCAUCCUCCUCCAGUUCCAGGUUACUGAAGUCACCCAAAGAGAAACCGCAGCUUAGGGGGAACACCAGGCCGAUGCACCCCUUUCAGCAAAGUAGAGGCCCCCACAGCAGAAUCAUGACACCCUCUGUGAAAGUGGAAAAGAUCCAGCCGAAGAUGGACGGCACACUACUGAAGUCUGCGGUGGGGCCGAGCUGUCCUGCUACUGUGAGUUCCUCAGUCAAGCCUGGCCUUAACUGCCCCUCAAUACCAAAGCCAACCUUGCCUUCACCUGGACAGAUGCUGAAUGGCAAAGGGCUUCCUGCACCGCCCACUCUGGAGAAGAAAGCCGAAGACUGUUGCAGUAAUAGGAAGUUUUUAAAUAAGAGAUUAUCAGAAAGAGAGUUUGAUCCUGACAUCCACUGUGGGGUCAUUGAUCUCGACACCAAGAAGCCCUGCACUCGGUCUUUGACAUGCAAGACACAUUCCUUAACCCAGCGGAGGGCUGUUCAGGGUAGAAGAAAACGAUUUGAUGUGUUAUUAGCGGAGCACAAAAACAAACCCAGGGAAAAGGAAUCGAUUCGCCAUCUGGACUCUCAGCAACCACUGCAGCCUCUCAGGGACCCACAUCCCACCCCUCCCCGUACGUCCCAGGAGCCCCACCAGAACAUUCACGGGGUGACCCCCUCCGAAUCAAAGCCUUUCGUAGCUAGUAAACCUAAACCACACACCCCCAGUCUUCCCAGGCCUCCAGGCUGCCCUGCUCAGCAAGGUGGGAAUGCCCCCACUGAGCCUCCUCCAGUCCGUGAGUCUCCACAGCCUCCCCUGCCUGCCUCUGAGCCAGCUUCCCGGUUAUCCAGUGAGGAGGGCGAGGGCGAGGGCGAUGACAGGGAAGAGCCUGUUGAAAAACUGGACUGUCAUUAUUCAGGUCGUCACCCUCAGCCAGCAUCGUUUUGCACAUUCGGGAGCCGGCAGAUGGGCAGAGGCUAUUACGUGUUUGACUCCAGGUGGAACCGGCUUCGCUGCGCCAUCAGCCUCAUGGUGGAGAAGCAUCUGAACUCGCAGCUGUGGAGGAAAAUCCCGCCAGUGCCCAGCAGCCCAUCGCCGCCGGUCUCGGCACGCGUCCCUCACCGGCCGAACUCCGUGCUGACAUCCCAGUGCGGGGCCGGCUAUCCCGCGGCCGCCACUGUCUCCGCGUCCCCCGCGCUGCUGUCGCCCGCCUGCACCUCCCCGAACAGCAAAGCGGUACCGGCUCACGGAACCACGCUGAACGUGCAGCCCGCCGCCUCCGGGGCGGUGGAGCCCGCAUGCGGCGCGCAGUCCAGACAGGGCUGCUCCUCCUCCUCCUGCUCCUCCUCCUCCCCGCCCGUGCCCGUGCCCGUGCCCGCGCCCCUCUCCUCAGUGCCCCCCUCCCCCAUGUCCAGGAAACCUCCCAAGUUGAAAUCCUGCAAGUCUGUGAGGCCCAGGGAGUCUCCUGCUAUCGGCACUAACUGUCACAGCGCCAGUAGCAGCAACAGUGGCGGCUCAGGAAAGAAACGCAAAAGCAGUUCCCCACUGCUAGUGCAUCCUUCCUCCUCCUCCUCCUCCUCCUCCUCCUCCUCUUCCUCUUCUCAUUCCAUGGAGCCUUUUAGGAAAAACUGUGCGGCUCACUCCGGGCCUCCCUACCCGUCCACAGUGACCUCCUCCCACGGCCUGGGCCUCAACUGCGUGGCGAACCGUGCGCACGUGGGGAGCCUCCGGCCUGAGCAGUCAGGGAGGGCCCCCCCAGGCGGGAGCCCUACAGAGGCCAUCAAGCGCAUGAGCGUGAUGGUGAACAGCAGCGACUCCACGCUCUCGCUGGGCCCGUUUGUGCACCAGGCCAGCGAGCUGCCUGUGAACUCCCACAGCAGUUUCUCCCACUCCCACACUCCUCUGGACAAGCUCAUGGGCAAGAAGAGAAAGUGCUGCCCGGGCUCGAGUAGCAUCAACAACAGCAGUAGCAAACCCACAAAGGUUGCCAGACUGCCAGCCAUGAACAACGUCCACAUGAAACACACAGGCACCAUCCCUGGGGCACAAGGACUGAUGAACAGCUCCCUCCUCCACCAGCUCACCUCUCCUGUUGGGGUCUCGCUCACCAGGGUGCCGCCUCACCUUGUUCACCACAGGAAUUGCAGGAGCAGCACCCCAGAGCCCUGACUGAAAACCCAAAGGCACGUCCCUGACUGCUGGGAAUAGCCGGAGGAGGAACAAUCCGGACACUUUCGAGGACAGGCUACACCUCCACUCAGCACUCUGGACUCCGCAAUGCCUUUGAGUCUCUUCCAGCCUCCUUGGCCUCAAGGGUGCCUGCUAGGCAGUUGUUUCCCAAGGACCUCCCGGAGCUCUGUCCGUGGCAGUGAGUACCCUAAAGGACGCUGGAUCAGGUCAGCCACCGAUGGCUUUUGUCAGUGUUGUGUCUGGACCGCUUGCCUCCGGUCUGUGCGAAGUGGUGGUUUUGUGUGUUGUUAACCUGCAGUACAUCGUGGAGCGGCUCUUCGGGUUGAGGGGCGGCUGGGCACAGGAGCGUUUGGGCAGGGCGGUGCUUCAGAGCCUCCUUCUCCUUCUCCCUCUCCUGCCGACCUCUUUCCACACUGUCGUCUGUGGGGUGUGCUCCGGCAGGUGGGCCCCUCAACUCUGGAGCCCCGAGACCUUGCAGAGGGCCGAGCUGCACGGGUGUCCGCAGCACCGUGGGCUCCGUGCCGGCUGUGAGGACUGAGCCGCCGAGCCCUUGCGGGUGAUGUGCAGCAAGGCGCUGCCAGGCUUGUAAACUUCCAGACUGCUCUGAAGCCACCGAGGCCCGGAGGCUGACUUUUCGUGGGACAGAGCACUUCUGUGUGGUGGCUUAGGAAAGGACCGUGCAGACUAGUUGUGAUGAUGGAAAGCCAGCCUGGGGAGCAUCAGGGCAGCAGGGUGAAAUCACAGAGGGGCUUCUUCAAGACUUCCAAAGAGAUGGCAUUUUUAUCCUUUAGGUUUUCAUGUUAAACAGUAUGUCAGAUUGGGUCGACUGUCCUACCCAGUCUUUUUUUAAGAAUUGCCUUUUUAAAGUGAAGUUAUUAGGGUGUACCUAAAUAUUUCCAAGGCAUUCCCCCUUGCCUCUUCGGACACUGUUGGCCGGAGGCCGCCUCCUGCAGUCCUCCUGGCUGUCGGCCCCGAAGCCGUGGUGAAGGGUGAAGGGGGUCUGCAUGUGGAUCCGAGGGAGCUGAGUGGGGCCUGGACCUCGCAGGGCACCCACAAGGGGCGGGCGUCAUGGGUGACCCUCGCCUUUUCUAGGGAUCCGUCCGCGUCUUCCUGGUAGUGUUCUGGAGCCGCCCGGGAUGUUCCCGCAGCGCCCCACGCGAGAGCAAGCUCCCGAGUUAGACGGGCCGAGCCGCCACCACCGCAGCUCCCAGGCUGAGGCCAGGCCCUCUUCAGAGAGGCCGGGUGGCUGAGCACAGGGUCAGAGUUCAAGGCUCGGGCCCUUGCCCCGGACGGACCUGGUCAGUGCAGCCUUUUGCCCUACAGUUCCUGGGUUACAGACUUGUUUCAGGGAAUUUCAAGUCAACAACAGGUAGAAUGAAUAAAUACUUGGUUACCAGCCUAAUAAUGUGAAUUGCUACAGAAUUAUUCUUAUUAUGUAAGAAAACAAAGACUUUAUGCAGAUACUUUAGCUAUAAAUUGAUGUAAAAUAUUGAUUUUUCUUUAAGGAAGGGGUGAACAGUGUCUUGCUCACUUAUUAUGCAAUCAAUCAGUAAAUGUUUUUUUAAAAGAUACUAUGUGAGAGCUAGUAAGGAGAGAUCAUGCAUGGAUGGCCAGUUUGAUGUAGUUAGGAGAAAUCAGUCUGGUUAUUCCAUCCCAGUGUGGGAGAGGGGGGUGAGAGGGAAUCAGGACGUACUUAGUCGAUUCCUUGGUAACAAGUGCAAUGGGUAGGGGCAGAACUUACUUUCAGAGCCAAGGGGACUUGAUGGUUAUAAAUUAAGUUGUUUUUAGCGACGGGAUUUAUAAGCAGAUCAUGUUGCAAAAGCUGUGACUAGGACCCAUGAUGGCAGGCUGAUUCAGGGUAAUGUAGAUGCUUAGACUAGCAAGUGCUGAUCAUUUGAUUUCUUAGGCUGAGGUUUUAAUUGAAUUUCAUUAUGUCUCCCGGUAACACACACAGCAUCGGGAUUAGGAAAUUAGCCAUUUUGGAUUCUGCCUGCCACAAACAGACCUAUUCUAACAGUGCUAUUAAAUUUUAGACUGUUCAAAUAUUUUAUUUUCUCCAACAACUACUUUUUAUUAUGAUGCGCAAUUAAGACCACUUAAAAACACAGGAGUACAAGUAUUUUUUUGAAUUAAAUUUACUUACAAAACCAAAUUUGCAGUGGUUGGGUUGUUUCUAGACAGACUUUGGUAUCCAUUUAAAACCAAGAUAAUUUUUAUAUUCUUUCCAAUAGAAUUUCAUGACAACUUCUGCAGUUUUCUUAACCUACAAAAAAAAGUGCUGCAAUGAUGAACAAAGAAUUAUACAGAACCUACUUUUGUAUCUUUAUUUUGGGAUUUCUUGUUCUAUUAUAAAUAUGGAAGUAUCCCUAUUUCAGAAGACAUAUUUUGUUAAAAAUGAAUUGUACAUAUUUAAAUAUGUAUUUUUGCACAGGUCUUUUUUUCUGAUAUCCUGUUUUGGUACAAUUGAGAUCAUCUAGUAUUUAUUUAUUAAUUAAUAAAAGUAAAUACCUUUUUAUAAUUUGAAGUGGUUCACUGCCAAGCCGAUAGUCCUCGAGCCUGCCGCCUUUUCGUUUAAGGGAUGCCUCUGUCCUGUGAGAGUCUCCGUCCCUUUCCGAGUCCUGGAAGUGGACUUGUGCAGGUGAAGUGGGCAUUGCUUCUCCCAGGUUGCUGAUUUCCCAGUAGACUACAUGGAACUAAGUGACACACUGCUUUUCUUUUGUUAGUGUUGUGUAUGGAGUGUAUGAUUGUGCGUGUGCGUGUGCGCCUGUGUGUGCACUGAGUGCGUGUAUGUUAAGAGUAUGUGAUGUGGUUUAAAACUAAUGGAAAAAACUGAAAGUGCCUGAACCUAGUUUUAAGCUUAGACCGAUUCUCUUUAAAAAGACUUGAAUGUUCAGUUGAACUUUUGGAGUUUGCUUUUCCCACCUCAAUAUUGUUUCUAAAAUUUUAGGGGACGAGUUGAAAAGCACCCGUGCUGGUGACUCUGUAAGGCGUUUUAUAGUUCCGACCUUUUGGCUCGCAGUACUUAGCUGGUGACAGGCUGCCUAGUAGCACCAAGGGCUCAGAGCUCCUGUCAGCCAGCGGCUCACACUGUCUGUCCUGUUAUUCACGCAUGAGAUACUGAGCUUAAAGAGAAUAUCAAAUAUUUUGUAUUCCAAAAAUAUAAUACAAAGAAGUACCUCUGAGAACACUGAAAACAAUGUGUAAUUUUUAAAAUGUAACCGAUAAAGGCAGCUGUCUUCCUGCAAGAGAGUUCUGUUGCCAAGGAAUUUCUUAAAGUCUCAUUCUGUCCCGGGGUGGGGGGUGGACUUUGAAAAAUGAUUGUUAAAAGUUUCAUUGUUUAGAAGAAAAUCAUUUUUACAUUUUGUGCAAAACAUUUUACAUUGUCAGAUCAUUUAAAUGAGCACUACAUACUGUCAGUGUGAAUGUAGGGCCUUGAAAGCAUUUUGCUGUUUUUGAGCUUGGUUCUAAAAGCAAUCUCCUGUGUUGAAAUGUGUGAAUAGUUUGAUAAUUUGUACACAUAAUCAAGAGCAUCUCAGCUGGACUUGUGUUGGCUGCUGUAUAGAACAUGAACAAAUGUCAAGGGAUAGAAAAUUACUUUGGAUAUUUAAAAGAGAAAUAUAUAGUCUAUUUGUUUUGUAACAAGUUUCUGUAAAUAAAAUAAUUUAUACUAUUUAUAAGAAAAA